AAAUUCUCGAGACCGACCCACCAUUUUGCUUCCCCUUUCCUCUCGCAAUCUUUCACAGUUGUCUCUGUAUUCAUCCUUCGUAUAAACCGAUACAUACAUAUCUCUCUCCAUACUUGACGCAGAUACAUAUACAUAUAAUAGCUGAAAGAGUGGUUUUUAGAGCGACCAAAUCAAUGGAAGGAAGAAAGAAGAAAGCUUCCUCUUCUUCCUCUUCUUCCUCAUUAACAUUAACCUCUGAGCUUUUUGGUUCCAGAGAAAACCCUUCUUCUCCUUCUCCUUCUUCCUCUUCUGGUAUUUUCGGAUCCAUUUUCCCUCCUCCUUCUCAGGUUCUGGGAAGAGAAUCUAUGCGACAGGAGACUGUGGCUGGUGCCUGGAACGACAAAACCUCCAAGACUGGUGAUGUUGAUAGAAACAGGGAACAACAGGAGAAUCAUGGUUCAGGUUAUCAGGAUCAGAGAGUACAACCUUGUCAUCUGAGUUCUUCCAUCUAUUACGGUGGCCCAGAUGUUUAUUUCCAGCCUCAGAAUUCCAGCAUCAACUCUACGAACAAGAAAGAUGGAGGGGAAGAUGAUUCCGGAAGUGCCUCAAGAGGAAAUUGGUGGCAAGGAUCUCUGUAUUACUAAGUAGAGAUCUUACUACUUAAGCAAACGUUAUAACUACCAAAGCAAGGUACAUAGGAACAAAAAAGAAUAGAGUAGCUGUGGAUCCGACUGUUUUUAGUAACUUCCCAUCUUGUUAUUACAAAAGUAUGGAAGAAGUUUGAAGCUAGCUAGUUGCAAAACAGGGGAGUUCUUUUGGCCCUUGUCGCGGUUUAGUGAUUGACCCGACCGGUUCAGAUUUAAUUUUCCCUUACUUUUAUAGAUUAAACCGUUGAUGGUUUUGUACAAACUCUAUAGAUCUCCAGUUUCCACGCAUAUAUAAAUAAAUAAACUGUUCUUGUUCUAGCAAUCUAGCUUUUACAGCGAAUAAUAGUUUGUUA